GACGCGGUAGUGUUGAGCGAGAGUGCCAGGCCUGGGGUUUUCAGUGUCCUUCCCCGGGUCAGGGACGAGGCAGUGACUUGCCUCUUGGGCCCUGAGCUCGGGAGGGAGGACAGGAGGCCACCGUCCCUCCUGUCCGGUUCAAGUCACCCUUUGCUUCCUCUCCUGCUCCACCCGCGGCGGACCGGACGGCUUCGAGACUGACUGCUUGGGGCAGGGGUGGCGGUCGCGGCCGCCGGGGCUGGGGCGAGGCUGCGGCCCUGGGGGUGGCGGUAGCGCUGGGGAAGAGGAGGAGAGAAGAUGGCGUCGGAGCUGGAGUCCGAGGUGCAGGCCAUCGACCGGAGUUUGCUGGAAUGUUCGCCGGAGGAGACCUCUGGGAAAUGGCUGCAAGCAACUGACCUCACUAGAGAAGUGUACCAGCAUUUAGCCCUCUAUGUACCCAAAAUCUACUGCAGGGGUCCCAACCCUUUUCCACAGAAAGAAGACAUGCUGGCACAGCAUAUUUUGUUGGGGCCAAUGGAAUGGUACAUUUGUGGUGAAGAUCCUGCAUUUGGAUUUCCAAAACUUGAGCAGUCAAACAAACCUUCUCAUCUUUGUGGUCGUGUUUUUAAAGUAGGAGAGCCUACAUACUCUUGCAGAGACUGUGCGGUUGAUCCAACUUGUGUUUUAUGCAUGGAGUGCUUUUUGGGAAGUAUUCACAGAGAUCAUCGAUAUAGGAUGACAACAUCAGGAGGUGGAGGUUUCUGUGACUGUGGUGAUACUGAAGCUUGGAAAGAGGGUCCUUACUGUCAAAAACAUGAACUUAACACCUCUGAAAUUGAGGAAGAAGAGGACCCUCUUAUACAUUUAUCAGAAGAUGUGAUAGCAAGAACGUAUAACAUUUUCGCUAUUAUGUUUCGGUAUGCAGUAGAGAUAUUAACCUGGGAAAAAGAAAGUGAAUUACCAGCAGAUUUAGAGAUGGUGGAGAAGAGUGACACCUACUAUUGCAUGCUGUUUAAUGAUGAGGUUCACACAUAUGAACAAGUUAUUUAUACUCUUCAGAAAGCUGUUAACUGUACCCAGAAAGAAGCCAUUGGUUUUGCAACUACAGUAGAUCGAGAUGGGCGUAGGUCUGUUAGAUAUGGAGACUUUCAGUAUUGUGAGCAAGCAAAAUCAGUAAUCGUGAGAAAUACCAGUAGACAGACAAAGCCACUCAAAGUUCAAGUCAUGCAUUCGUCUAUUGUUGCACAUCAGAAUUUUGGCUUGAAACUUUUGUCUUGGCUGGGAAGCAUUAUUGGAUAUUCAGAUGGCCUUCGUCGGAUUUUAUGUCAAGUUGGUUUACAAGAAGGACCAGAUGGUGAAAACUCUUCUCUGGUGGAUAGAUUGAUGCUUAGUGAUUCCAAAUUAUGGAAAGGUGCUAGGAGUGUAUAUCAUCAGUUGUUCAUGAGCAGUCUACUUAUGGAUUUGAAAUACAAGAAACUGUUUGCUGUUCGAUUUGCAAAAAAUUACCAGCAGUUGCAGAGAGAUUUUAUGGAAGAUGAUCACGAGCGAGCAGUGUCGGUGACUGCUCUGUCUGUCCAGUUCUUCACCGCACCUACUCUGGCUCGAAUGCUCAUCACAGAAGAAAACCUAAUGACCGUUAUUAUUAAGACUUUUAUGGAUCAUUUGAGACAUCGAGAUGCCCAGGGCAGAUUUCAAUUUGAACGAUACACCGCUUUACAAGCCUUCAAGUUUAGGAGAGUUCAGAGCCUUAUUUUAGAUCUCAAGUAUGUGUUAAUUAGCAAACCAACUGAAUGGUCAGAUGACCUGAGGCAGAAGUUCCUAGAAGGGUUUGAUGCCUUUUUGGAAUUACUGAAAUGUAUGCAAGGGAUGGAUCCAAUUACACGUCAAGUAGGACAACAUAUUGAAAUGGAACCGGAGUGGGAAGCAGCCUUUACACUACAAAUGAAAUUAACACAUGUCAUUUCAAUGAUGCAAGACUGGUGUGCUCUAGAUGAAAAAGUGUUAAUUGAAGCUUACAAGAAAUGCCUGGCUGUACUGAUGCAGUGUCAUGGUGGUUUUACGGAUGGUGAACAGCCAAUUUCACUAAGCUUUUGUGGACAUUCAGUGGAAACUAUCAGAUACUGUGUUUCCCAAGAAAAAGUUAGCAUUCACCUCCCAGUUUCUCGCUUACUUGCAGGUUUGCAUGUAUUAUUAAGCAAAAGUGAAGUGGCAUAUAAAUUUCCAGAGCUUCUACCUCUAAGUGAACUUAGCCCACCCAUGUUGAUAGAACACCCUCUUAGAUGUCUUGUUUUAUGUGCCCAAGUACAUGCUGGAAUGUGGAGAAGAAAUGGGUUCUCUCUAGUAAACCAGAUUUAUUACUACCAUGAUGUGAAAUGCAGACGUGAGAUGUUUGACAAGGAUAUAGUGAUGCUUCAGACAGGUGUCUCCAUGAUGGAUCCAAAUCAUUUCCUGAUGAUAAUGCUCAGCCGCUUUGAACUUUAUCACGUUUUCAGUACUCAAGACUAUGGGAAAAGAUUUUGUUCUGAUAUUACCCAUAAGGAUGUUGUUCAGCAGAAUAAUACUCUAAUAGAAGAAAUGCUGUACCUCAUUAUAAUGCUUGUUGGAGAGAGAUUUAGUCCUGGAGUUGGACAGGUAAAUGCUACAGAUGAAAUUAAGCGGGAGAUUAUCCAUCAGUUAAGCAUCAAACCUAUGGCUCAUAGUGAAUUGGUAAAGUCUUUACCUGAAGAUGAGAACAAGGAGACUGGCAUGGAGAGCGUAAUUGAAGCAGUUGCCCAUUUCAAGAAACCUGGACUAACAGGACGAGGCAUGUAUGAACUGAAACCAGAAUGUGCCAAAGAGUUCAACUUGUAUUUCUAUCACUUUUCAAGGGCAGAGCAGUCCAAGGCAGAAGAAGCUCAGCGGAAAUUGAAAAGAAAAAAUAGAGAAGAUACAGCACUUCCACCUCCUGUUUUGCCUCCAUUCUGCCCUCUAUUUGCAAGUCUGGUUAACAUUUUGCAGUCAGAUGUCAUGUUGUAUAUCAUGGGAACAAUACUGCAAUGGGCCGUAGAACAUAAUGGAUAUGCCUGGUCAGAGUCCAUGCUGCAAAGGGUGUUACAUUUAAUUGGAAUGGCACUACAAGAAGAAAAACAACAUUUGGAGAAUGUCACUGAAGAGCAUGUAGUAACAUUUACCUUCACCCUGAAGAUAUCAAAACCUGGUGAAGCACCAAACAACACUCCUAGCAUAUUAGCUAUGCUGGAAACACUACAAAAUGCUCCCUACCUAGAAGUUCACAAAGACAUGAUUAAGUGGAUAUUAAAGACUUUUAAUGCUAUUAAGAAGAUAAGGGAGAGUUCAUCUACCAGUCCUGUGGCAGAGACAGAAGGAACCAUAAUGGAAGAGACUUCAAGAGACAAAGACAAAGCUGAGAGGAAGAGAAAAGCCGAGAUUGCCAGACUGCGCAGAGAAAAGAUCAUGGCCCAGAUGUCUGAGAUGCAGCGGCACUUUAUUGAUGAGAACAAAGAACUCUUUCAGCAGACAUUAGAACUAGAUGCCUCUACCUCUGCUGUUCUUGAUAACAGCCUUGUGGUUUCAGAUAUGACACUUACAGCAUUGGGCCCAGCACAAACUCAGGUCCCUGAACAAAGACAAUUUGUUACCUGUAUAUUGUGUCAAGAGGAGCAAGAAGUUAAAGUGGAAAGCAAGGCAAUGGUCUUGGCAGCAUUUGUUCAAAGAUCAACUGUAUUAUCAAAAAAUAGAAGUAAAUUCAUUGAUGAUCCAGAAAAAUAUGAUCCGUUAUUCAUGCACCCUGAUCUGUCUUGCGGAACAUACACUGGUAGCUGUGGGCACAUUAUGCAUGCCCAUUGUUGGCAAAGGUAUUUUGAUUCCGUUCAAGCUAAAGAACAGCGAAGGCAACAGAGAUUACGCUUACAUACAAGCUAUGAUGUAGAAAAUGGAGAAUUCCUUUGCCCUCUUUGUGAAUGCUUGAGUAAUACUGUUAUUCCUCUGCUGCUUCCUCCAAGAAAUAUUUUUAAGAGCAGGUUAAAUUUUUCAGACCAACCAAAUCUGACUCAGUGGAUUAGAACAAUAUCUCAGCAGAUAAAAGCUUUGCAGGUUCUUAGAAAAGAAGGAAGUACUCCUAAUACUGCCUCUUCAGAUAAUUUAGAAAAUAUGGGUGAAUUUCACUUCCCUGAAGGGUUCAGGCCUGAUUUUCAUCCUAAGAACCCUUAUUCUGAGAGCAUAAAAGAAAUGUUAACAACAUUUGGAACGGCUACUUAUAAGGUGGGACUAAAGGUUCAUCCCAAUGAAGAGGAUCCCCGUGUGCCCAUAAUGUGUUGGGGUAGUUGUGCAUACACCAUCCAAAGCAUAGAAAGAAUUUUGAGUGCUGAAGAUAGACCAUUGUUUGGUCCUUUGUCUUGCAGACUGGAUGACUGUCUUAGGUCACUAACGAGAUUUGCAGCAGCACAUUGGACAGUGGCAUCACUUUCAGUGGUACAAGGACACUUUUGUAAACUUUUUGCAUCAUUGGUGCCUAAUGGCAGCCAUGGAGACAUUCCAUGCAUACUAGAUAUCGACAUGUUUCAUUUAUUGGUGGGCUUGGUGCUCGCUUUCCCUGCGUUGCAGUGUCAGGAUUUUUCAGGGAUCAGCCUUGACACUGGCGACCUUCACAUUUUCCAUCUGGUUACUAUGGCACAUAUCGUACAGAUCUUACUUACCUCAUGUACAGAAGAAAAUGGCAUGGAUCAAGAAAAUCCCACUGAAGAAGAAUUAGCAGUUCUUGCUUUGUAUAAAACACUUCACCGGUAUACAGGAAGUGCCUUGAAAGAAAUUCCCUGUGGCUGGCAUCUGUGGAGGAGUGUCAGAGCUGGAAUCAUGCCUUUCCUGAAGUGUUCUGCUUUGUUUUUUCAUUACUUAAAUGGAGUUCCUUCUCCACCCGACAUUCAAGUUUCUGGAACAAGCCAUUUUGAACACUUAUGUAACUAUCUUUCCCUACCAAACAACCUAAUUGGCCUUUUUCAAGAAAAUAGUGAGAUAACGAAUUCACUGAUUGAAAGUUGGUGUCAUAACAGUGAAGUUAAAAGAUAUCUAGAAGGUAAAAGAGAUGCUAUAAGGUAUCCAAGAGAAUCUAACAAAUUAAUAGACCUUCCAGAGGAUUACAGCAGCCUCAUUAAUCAAGCAUCUAAUUUCUCGUGCCCCAAAUUGGGUGGUGAUAAGAGCAGAGCCCCAACUCUGUGCCUUGUGUGUGGAACUCUAUUGUGCUCCCAGAGCUACUGCUGCCAGACUGAGCUGGAAGGGGAGGAUGUAGGAGCCUGCACAGCUCACACCUACUCCUGCGGCUCUGGGGUGGGCAUCUUCCUGAGAGUACGGGAAUGUCAGGUGCUAUUUUUAGCCGGCAAAACCAAAGGCUGUUUUUAUUCUCCUCCUUAUCUUGAUGACUAUGGGGAGACUGACCAGGGACUCAGACGGGGAAAUCCUUUACAUUUGUGCAAAGAGCGAUUUAAGAAGAUUCAGAUGCUCUGGCACCAACACAGUAUCACAGAGGAAAUUGGACAUGCCCAGGAAGCAAAUCAGACACUGGUUGGCAUUGACUGGCAACAUUUAUGAUUACUUCACUACCAAAAAUAUGAACUUGGACUUUUGUAACCCUGUCAGCUUUUCAAGAAAGAGUAGGAAAUAAGUUCUGCUGAAUUUUGAAAUAAAUUCUUUAUUUAAGCUUUC